AUGGAUGGCAAAGAGGAGAGAGCAAAGGGACUCGUUGCGAGUGCACUUGAAAUAUGCUUGUCAAGCCACACUUUUGAGACACCCCAGGUCGGCCGUGGCUGGGGCUCAAAUACCUGGCGACGCCAAAGCCAAGAGGUGCCGAUUAUUCACCUUUCGUUUUCCCUCCCUUUCUCCAGAGCAACUACACCACCACCUCAUAGCGCGACAUCGACUUACACUAUUUUCGCUAUGCUAUUUGAUGGCAGUAGGAUCGCAAGAGCGGGCGACAAAAGGCGGCGCGACGAAGAGCUUCCUCGCGGUGAUCGCCCCCAUCAAGUUCGUCGACUCCAUGGCUCACAACAUGAGCCGGCCCGCCCACCUAGUGCAGCGGACUUUGCCGAUCUGCGAGCUCGAGUUGAUGCGAUUGAAAAAGGAUUCAGCAAUAAUCGCCAUAUCCCCAAUGGCGACGACGAAGGGCCGAUGCUGACGCCGUCGGAUAAAAUUCACCUCAUCGAUGAUCCCGACGGCAGAUCUUCGCUAAGCGCCAUGUCUCGGGAGACUCAGUCCCAACAUAUCAACAGCGCUUUUCCAGCUUCUGCUUUUCUCGACGGCGAUUGUUAUCAUGCUGAGUCGUCUCUUGAAGAAUUGUAUCAACCAAUUAUCUCAAUACCUGAGGCUGUGCUAUCGAUCGUUAAUGAGAAUGAUAAAGUCAAAAGCGCCUGCGACGAGUACUUCAAAACCUUCCACGUCUGGUUUCGGUUCAUAUCCACCAAGAAGCAGCUGAAAGCUCCAUUUGCUAAGAAUUGUAAGCCGGACAUAAUAGCGCUUGCUCUGGCAAUGAGACUUGUUACGUCCAACCCUGACGAUGGUACUUGCAAAGAACUAUAUGACCAUACCAAAGGGUUCUUGGACAUCCUCGUGGCUGGCGGAGUUGUGUCACUGCCGGUUCUCCAAGCAAUGGUUCUUGUUGCGCUUUACGAAUAUUGCCACGCGGUCUACCCUGCCGCAUGGAUGAGCAUUGGAUUGUGCACUCGGUACAUCGAACUUGUGGGCGUAUCCUGGGCAACAAGUGACACGGCUUUCCAUGGAUCAACUGAUACCGUCGCGUUAAGAAGGCCUACAUUGUGGUUCGAAACAGACAAUGAAGAAAGAAGGAGGUCAUGGUGGGCGGUAUUCAUACUUGAUCGGCUUAUGUCUGUCGGAAGCAAACGCCCAUGUGCUGUACCGAGACCUCAGGAAGACAUGAAACUGACCAUGCUUGACGAUGAUUGGGAAUCUUCUGACUAUGAUGUACUUGGGGACUACGAGUAUGACUGGUACCUUGAAAUUCCUGCAGAACGCUCCGGGUUCUCACGACUCUGUGAAGCCGCCCUACUUACUGACCGCGCACUCGUACUAUCCCGAAUUGAGGGCACACUCGAUCAAGCUCAUAUUGAAGAUACUAUCAGUCAUUCAAAGGAAAUACUAGAAUGGAUUGAUACAGUCGAUCAAGAGUCAAAAGCUCCAGCCAGCACUGACCUUACUCUUCGACUGAUAGGACCCCGGUUCGCCGCUCGUUCGGCCCUUUUCCUUUGCGUCAAAAAGCUCACCUUGUGGGUAAAGGUUACCCCAGACGGCAGAUUCCUCGUACAGCCUCAUUAUAAGGACGAAGAAGAGAGUCGUGAACUCAAAAAAAUCCAGAAAUGCUCAGCGCGGGUCGUCUGGCAGACGAGUCUGGACGUACGAAACAUUGCGAAAGCGCUCUCCAACCAGCUAUUCGACGGGGAGAACCCCAUCGGAAACCUUGCCAUUAUUUCACCGUUCAUAUUUGAUGCCGUGUAUAAUGCGUCCGCCAACCUGCAUCGACUCUCAGAUGACGAAGCUGCCAGUCAAGCCGGUCAAUCUGACAUACUUGCUUUGACAACAUUCUUGGAUGAACUCAGUAUGCGAUGGGGAUCUGCAGGAGAAUACAGGAAGAUGUGUGCGAGGCACCUGGGCACUAUGCAAGGACUGUUGACAGAGAAUUAAUCAAGCUGGUUACUUCUAAAGAACAAGUGAAAAAUAGACUUCAAUGGGCCUCUGAAGAAAACCGCUCAAAAGAGUUUACACAAUGCCGUUUUUCCCGAUGAUGGGCAUUAGGCUUCAUCAAUCGCCGUUUAGGAAUAUCUCAUUUACCCUGCCAUGACUCCUCAAAGACUUGAGCGGCCGUUUUCGUAACAAUAUCCGGAAACUUGGAGUUCAAAGUGUCCUCAGUGGGAACAAGGAACUUGCCGAUGCCUGCAUAGUAGUGGACCUUCGCAAACAACGCCUCUGACUCUUCGCGACUGAGCUCAAAAUCAGGAAAGUCCUCAAUGAAAGAAAUCCUUCCCGACUUGAGCUUUUCCAAGUCAUCAUAAGCUACCCUGAAGCCGGGGCCU